AUGCUACCUUCGAAGGACAACAACACCUUGUCGGCGGUUGGUUCGCAAGAUGACUCCCCAACAAACGGACAAGACGAGCGUUUUAACGACGUAGAUGGAUCUGAGCAUGUGUCGUGGAGGGAACAAGCGUUUGCGGAUCUGAAGGCCUCCCGCCAUCGAAAUACCUACAUCGGCGCUCUCAUCUUCAACCUCUGCGCCUUCACACUGCCCGCCCUCUACGGCACGCUCUCCAAGCUAUGGGUCGCCAACAUCGACUCCUCCAUGGUUGUAACCACCGAUACUUACACCUACAUUGGCGUGGUCGCAGAGGUUUUGAACGAGGGUUUACCACGUGCUUCCUACCUCAUCAUCGGCGACAAAUCUAACCGCACACUGCGUGAACGCGUCCAGCUCACACACACACUCAUUCUCUUCCAGGCUGUUCUCGGUCUGAUCAUGAGCAUUGCAUUUGCGGCGGGAGCUUCGACGUUCGCGCAGGGUUUUGUACCGAUCGAAGUCAGGGAAGUAAGCGUCACAUAUGUUCGCAUAUCGGCUUUCUCUGCAUUCACUUCUGCGGUGGAGUACGUAGUCAAUGCUUCUACGCGCGCCCUGGACAAACCAGACGUACCACUCAUCAUCAGCUCAGUCAAGUUCGCCGUCAACAUUAUCCUCGAUCUCAUCAUCAUCUCAAGGUUUCAUGUCGGUGGUAUUACUCCAACGGUUAAUAUGCAGGCCGGGAUUUCACUUGCUUGGCUAGCCUACUUUCUGUCCACCACUACGAUCUCCAGUGCCAACUCCGCUCUCCACAACAACAUCUCCGCCCGCAAAACCACACCGUCACUACCCGCCCUUAUCACUCUCUCCAAACCCGGCUUCAUCUUCUUCCUCGAAUCCGCCGUCCGCAAUGCCCUGUACCUCUGGCUCGUUCACGGCAUCGUCAGCCUGGGAAGCGACUACGCCACAGCCUGGGGUGUCUUCUCCACCAUCCGUUGGGGUCUCAUCAUGGUACCAGUGAUGGCGCUCGAAGCCACGGCGUUGACCUUUGUGGGUCAUUCGUGGGGCAAGUUCCGCGCCUGGCUGCAACUGGGCUCGCAAGCGACUCCGCCAUCUCUCAAACCGCGGGUUUCGGCGCGACAACUCUGGGACGUAGUGCGCUGGGCAUGCUACUCCGUCGUCGCAGUCCUAGUCGUCGAGAUUCCGCUGUGCCUCCUCAUGUCUUUCCUCGGCGCUCGACCGUUUGCGAGGUACCUUUCGGGCUCCGAAGACGUCGCGCGGAUAGCAGCACAUAUGUGGCGGACCAUCGAUUGGUGCUACGUUUUCUACGGAGUCUCGACACAGAUGGCAGCUGUGCUCGUGGCUACGCGGCCGCAUUGGUACCUGUACCAGUCUCUCACGUCGAAUCUGCUAUAUGUGUUGCCAUGGGCGAUUGUCUGCCAGGUGCUCAACUUGAAUGUUGGCGAUGCUUGGACGUACCAUAGCCUGGUCUUUGGAGGCAGCCUGGUCUUUUCGUUCCUUGCGGUGCUGGUGGUGAUUGGCGUGUGGACGGUCAGGUUGAGGAGAGGGAAGAUGCGGGCGGAUAGGCUGUGGUAG